AUUGGCAGCAUGUACAACGGCGCGGACAAGUACAGCGGCGCCGUCGUCGGCGAGGACUUCAAGGCCGACGACGCAGCGGCGCCCAACCUCGAGGACAUCCUCGACACGGCGAGCGCGGAAGAGACCAUCGUCACGAGCAUGCCCUACUCGUACGUGGAUGAAGACAGCGGCGACCUCGUCGAGGGCUCGUCCAGCGUCGUGCUCGCGUCGCGCUUGAACCCGGAAGCCGGCGGUCUCAUGUGGGUCGAGGAGGAAGAUGCGUCCGAGACGUACAAGAACGUCGUCUCCAUGAGCCAGAUGACCUCGAUGCUCCGCGAUACCGAUCGCAACGGGGCCUACGAGCAUGGCAUCCGCAUUGGCAUCGCCGCCUUUACGGCCAAGCACCAGCGCGCGCCGAUCGUGCUCGACAUUGGCACGGGCACGGGCCUCUUGGCCAUGCUGGCUGCGAAGCACGGCGCCGCCCACGUGUACGCGUGCGAGAUGUUUGAGACCAUGGCUGAGAUCGCGUCCAGCGUCACGGCCGAGAACGGCUUUGCGUCGAUCAUCACGGUGUUGCCGAAGCGGUCGACGGACCUGCGCAUCCCCGAAGACAUGCCGGUCCGCGCCGACAUGCUCGUGUCCGAGCUCUUUGACUCGCUCCUCCUCGGCGAAGGCAUCUUGCCGACGCUCCAGCACGCGCGCGAACACCUCCUCGUGCGCGACGAGCCCGUGAUCAUUCCGCGCAUCGCGACGGUCCACGCCAAGCUCGUGCAGAGCGAAGCGCUCUUCCGGAUGAACUCGGUGGCGGGCACGCACCUUUCCGAGAACGUUCGCCUCGCGCGCAACAACGCGGCGUGGACGUGCACGGGCGGCCGCGUCGCGCUGCCGCUGCACACGACCAACGCGCAUAUUGCGCCGAUCGAUUUGUCACAUUCGGUGGACGUGCUGACGUUGGACUUUACGCGCCACGCGCCCGUCGCGGCUUCGAUCACGACCGACGCACUCACGAGCGUCGCGAUCGUCCGCGAAGGCUCGCUGGACGCCGUCGUCAUGUGCUGGACGGUGGACUUUGGUGACGGCGUGACGUACUCGACGGCGCCGGGCGUCCAAAAGUGGCAAGACCACUGGGUGCCGGUGGCGUUCCCGCUGGCGGCCCAGCGCCGUGUGGCGCCAGGCGAUGUACUCAGCCUCGUGACGCUCCACGACUCGCUUCGCGUCUGGUUCCAAGUCCACGCGCCGCUCUCGCCGCCCAAGAAGCUCAAGGUCGACCAUGACGUGCCGCCGUGCGUGUGCGGACUGCACCUCAUCUGCAACGCCGAGCGGCUGAGCAUGCUCAACACGAGCGCGCGCACGGCGGCGUACCGCGACGCCAUCGCCGCGGUGACGACCGCAGCGUCCAACGUCCUCGACAUUAGCGACGGGUCCAUGUGCGCACUCCUCGCGGCCACCACGACGCCGUCGGUCACGUCGAUCGAGUCCAAGGAGGUCUCGUCGCGCAUCUUCCAGCAGCUCGUGGACGGCAACCACCUGAGCGAUGCAAUCACGAUUCUCCACUCGGGCGUCAAGGGGCUGCUGCACGAGCACUUGCACCGCGCGGCGCCCGUUGAUGUGCUUGUCGGCGAGCCUUUCUACUAUGCGAUGCAAAACCUCCCGAUCUGGCAAGGCCUCAACUUUUGGUACCGCCGGUCGGCCGUCCACGACUUGUUGUCGCCCCAAGCGGCGAUUGUGCCGCACGGAGGCCGCGUCAUGGCCAUGGGCGUCGCGUUCGAACACCUCCACGAGUGCUUUGGCCACGUCGCAAGCGUCAGCGGCUUUGACCACAGCGCGUUCGACGCCCUCCAGGGCGGGUAUCUCCGCCGCGACUUUCCGUUCCCGACGUACAUGUACCCGUACACGCCGGCGACAGCGCCCUUCGAGGUGCUGCCGCUGCGCUUCUCGGAGCGUAUUCAGUCGUUUACCAAGCAGUGGACCGAGGCCAUCACAAACAAGGACGUGGUCAUGAACGCUGUCAUUCUCUGGGUCGAGUACGACCUCAACGGCGACCAGAAGCAUGUGGUGACGACCGGUCCGUCGCAAGUCGAGUCCAAGCAAGCCGUCCGGUUUCUCCCGCUCACGCCGUCGUCGGCGAAGAGUGUGUUGGCGUGCGCCGUGCACCUUGAAGCCUCCGAGGGCACGCUCGAGUACGCGUUCGGCGUCGAGGACGCAUAAGCUCACACUUGACAUACACGUGGGCAUGUCGGUUCUGCUCUAUGUGUGAUUGCACGAG